CGGAAAUCCGUAAGAAGAAAGUGGUGUGGCAAGAUGGUAACAUGGUACUGACAUCUCCAGAGAGAGCCAUUGACUUCUGCUGUGCAGCGAACAUGGAGAAAACGAAGAUAGGAAGGAGAUUUGAAGGGAAAGUUGCGAUCGUAACGGCAUCGACUCAAGGCAUCGGUUUCGGCAUCGCCGAGCGUCUUGGCUUGGAAGGAGCUUUCGUUGUGAUCUCUUCCCGCAAGCAGAAAAAUGUUGAUGUGGCAGUUGAAAAGCUCAAAGCUAAAGGAAUUGAAGUAUUGGGAGUUGUUUGUCAUGUGUCAAAUGCGCAGCAAAGGAAGACUCUUAUAAGCAAGACCAUUGAGAAAUAUGGAAAAAUAGAUGUGGUUGUCUCAAAUGCUGCUGUCAAUCCAUCUGUCGUUGCCAUUUUACAAACUCAAGAGUCUGUCCUUGACAAGCUGUGGGAAAUUAAUGUCAAAGCAGCUAUCCUUAUUCUACAGGAUGCAGCUCCUCAUUUACAGAAGGGUUCUUCGGUUAUUUUCAUUUCUUCUAUUGCUGGCUAUCAACCAAGGUCUCCUUUGGUUAUGUAUGGGGUAACUAAGACUGCCCUUCUUGGACUGACCAAGGCACUUGCAUCUGAGAUGGCUCCACAUACUCGCGUAAACUGUGUUGCUCCCGGCUAUGUGCCUACCUACUUUGCCGAACUUCUGAUGAAAGAUGGUGAUGCAAGAAAGGCCAUUGAGGAGAAGACCUUACUUAACAAACUUGGUACCACAGAAGAUAUGGCAGCUGCUACUGCAUUCUUGGCUUCUGAUGAUGCUUCUUAUAUAACAGGAGAAACAAUUGUUGUGGCUGGGGGUAUCCCUUCUAGACUCUAGUUCCCUCUCUUUCUUUUCUUUGUAUCUCUUCUAGACCGUGGUUCCCUAUGUUUCUUUUCUUCCUCACAGGGCAUAUCUUCAUCGUGCAUCACCAUACACUUUUUAUCUUCUCGAGUGAGAACUUUUAUAAGUGAAGAUCAAUAAAAAUCCAGGAUUAGA